CGUAUCCCCCUCUCCCGUAUUGGCACACGUGAAUGGUUUAUAGUGUUGUAGGCAACUGUUUAAAGCAGUGCAGCAAUUGUAACCAUUUGCGAUAUUAUUAGUAAACUGACUGUUUCUUCUGUAGUGCCCUCACUUUAGCUCUUCGAUUCUAACAUGGGUCGUCUCCCUGCAGCUGCAACCAAAGGCCGUAAAAGAAAGAAGCCGAAGGAUGUUAAUAGGCCCAAACGAACUACAUCUGCUUACUUCUAUUAUAUGGCACAUUGCAGAGAGCAGGCUGCUAAAUCAGGCAAAACCAUUCCUAAAGUUUCAGAUUUUACCAAAGAAUGCUCAGAAAAAUGGAAGGCUCUAACUGUUGUACAGAAAAAGCCCUUUGAGGAGAAAGCUGCCAAGGAUAAAGCCAGAUACGUUAAAGAGAUGUCAGAUUAUAAACAGAAAAAUUCAGGUGAUCCAAAUAAACCAAAAAGACCACAAUCUUCAUAUUUCCUGUUCUUAAAUGACUUCAGAUUGAAAAUGAAUGGGAAGGGUAUUGAUCACAAAGAGAUACUCAGAUUAGCUGGAGAGGAGUGGAGAAAGAUGACAGAUGAAGUUAAGAAACCAUAUGAAAAAAGAAAUCGAGAAGAAAAAAAGAAGUAUGAUGUAGCAAUUGCUGAAUACAAAAAGAAAAGUGGUGAACAAAUUAAAGGUGCUUCUUCAGUCAAGAAAGCAAAGGUUGAGGAGGAAGAGGAGGAGGAUGAAGAUGAUGAAGAGGCUGAUGAUGAUGAAGAGGAAGCCGAGGAAGAGGGUGAAGGUGAUGAAGAAGAGGAGGAAGAAGAAGAGGAGGAAGAGGAUGAUGAAUAGGUGGAGAAAUUAAAAUUAUAUUGGACAUUCAUCCAGUAAUUCUUACAAAUGACUUGAAACAUUAUUUGUAGAAUGUAUAGAAGAGAGGUGAUUUCGCUCAGAUUUAUUUUUCUCUCCAUCACUGCCAUUGUCUUAUACCCAAGUUGAUGUGUCUCGUCAUAAAAAAAAAAAAAAGAUCUAAAUGUUAACUUUAAACCACAACUUCUUUUUCUUUAUGCUAUGAUUUGUGGUUUAUAUAUAUCAUUUGACAUCAGACAUUUCAUUUUUGUUCUGUAUAUGUUUUCAUUAUUCACAUUCCUUUUGAAAUUAGAUUACAGAUUAUUUUAUAUUCAGAUGAUAGAAGUGUGCCUUACUCUCAGUGUGCACUUAAGAGAAUUCAAUGCAAUUUAACUUAGUGUAAAAUAAUUAAAAUUUAUUUGUUGUUUUGUAGAGGGUGGGGGUGUAAAUUCUUUAUAAACUGAAUUCUUAUUGGACAAUCCUGCUGCUUCAUCAGUGGCAUUGAUUUGUCUCCAUUGUGGUUGGCAGGGUUAUGACUUCAAAUGAUUAUUUUCUUCAUGUCACUUGACAGCUUAUAACUGUUUUUCUCUCUUGCCAUUUAACUAUGUGUUUUAUCAGGUUUAUUGACAGAAUAUACAGUUUUGUAACUUUAAAACAGGCUAAAUUUUAGCUAUUAGUGCCUUGUUUAUAAAAUUAAUGAAGAUAUUUUGUUUUACAAUUUCUGGUUACUUCAGUAUAUCACUUUGACCACUUCAGUGUUCCUAUUUCAUAUUGUAAAAUUAAGAAUUUUUCUUAUAUUUUUAAAAUUGGUUUUCAUAUGACCUUUAAAAUGUUGUUUUCCUUUAAAAUAGUAUCCUGUUGAACUAUCACAAAAAAAAAAAAAUUGGUUAGGUAAACAGUUUAUCCCCUUUCCAUUCAAGAAUAUGAUCUCUUUACUAUUAUUAUACCCUGAAGGCUUGCUCAACUUGCAAGGAUUAGUUGUCUUAGGAACAAUUUAAGAUGUAAUUAUUCUAUUUAAACUGAAAUAAAAUAUUUAAAAAAAAAUUCCUUUUGCUAUAUGUUUGACUAGCGUACAUGAUGCCCAAUAGGGUGGCUUUUGAGCUAGAUCCUGUGGAGGGCUCUUCAUUAGGCCUCAGGUCCAACAUUGACAAUUCAUGCAUUGCGUACAUAUUAGAUUUUCUUAACUUCAACGAUGUUUUUCAACCAAUGGACAAUUUUCAUCAAAGCAAUGGUAUAAUUUGUCGACUUGGAACUUAUUGCAAAGCUGCAUGGUAAACAACAGUACCGCACGUCUGCCAUUUACAUCAUUCACAUUUCUGACGCCGCCACCUUCACCUCUGUCUUUUACAUCACUUUAUCUCACCAUCAUCCCUGACUGCCUUGGCUACCACUUCAGCCACAAUCAUGACUACAGCUCAUACUGUUACUAUCACUCCAUUGCCAUCGGUGUUCAGUUUCUCUUUCUUAUUACUCCAACUGCCACCAUCAGCACUACAACUUUUAAUAAAACAUCAUCAGCUCUC